AGUGUACAGGGAGGCAGGGCAAUGAGUGAGCUGCCACCACCAGCACCACCGCUGUGGUCACCAUUCCAGCCCGGAUCACUUCCUUAAAAAAAAGCACAACACAGCUCUGCACGUACAGAGCAGCUGGGAGCCAUGGCGGAGAGUGGCGGCGGUGGUGGAGGAGGAGGAGUAGCCGGGUUGCAGCAGGGAUCGCCGGCGGUCUGUGUCGUUUCCUCGGACUCGGUGCCUCCUGUGCCGGUGUCGCUGGCUCUGCCGGUUGUCAGCUGCGCCGCAGUUGCAGCGAGCGGCCGUUCCGCCGCCGCGGGAAGUCAGCAGCAGCAGCGGGAGAGGAUUGCGCUGAGGAAGGCGCAGCUUCGCAACUACCCCCGGACAAAGAAGCUGGAAAAGCUCGGCGUCUAUUCCGCCUGCAAGGCUGAAGAAUCAUGCAAGUGCAAUGGCUGGAAGAAUCCAAAGCCCCCUCCCACUCCUCCAAGAGUAAGCCUCCAACAGACAACAGUCAGUCUUACAGAACUGUGUCGGAGCUGUAAUCACACACUCACUGAUCAUGUUUCCAAUUUGGAAAAUGUAUCCGAAGAAGAAAUGAACAGGCUACUUGGAAUAGUACUAGAUGUGGAGUACUUAUUUACCUGUGUCCACAAAGAAGAAGAUGCAGACACAAAGCAAGUUUAUUUUUACCUAUUCAAACUUUUGAGAAAAUGUAUUUUACAAAUGGGAAAUCCUGUAGUGGAAGGACCGUUAGGAAGCCCACCUUUUGAGAAACCCAGCAUUGAACAGGGAGUUAAUAACUUUGUACAGUACAAGUUUAGUCACCUUCCAUCAAAAGAAAGGCAAACAAUUUGUGAACUGUCCAAAAUGUUUCUGAAUCGAAUCAACUACUGGCAGCUGGAAACUCCCUCACAACGGAGGCUUCGGUCACCAAAUGAUGAUGGUGCUGGAUACAAAGUUAAUUAUACAAGGUGGUUGUGUUACUGUAAUGUUCCUCAGUUCUGUGACAGUCUCCCAUGGCAUGAAACCACCCAGGUUUUUGGCAGGACAUUGCUGCGCUCUGUUUUUACUGUCAUGAGGCGCCAGUUACUAGAGAAAUCCAGGCAGGAGAAAGAUAAGCUACCACUAGAAAAGCAAACAUUGAUCCUUACCCAUUUUCCAAAAUUCCUUUCUAUGUUAGAGGAAGAAGUGUACAGCCACAACUCUCCUAUAUGGGAUUUAGACUUUAUGGUGUCCUCUGGUAACAUCCACCUAGGAAUACAACAAGUUGUCAACUCUCCUGCAGUUCCUGGGAUUCUGCCAAACACAAAGCCAUUUGGGUAUGGAUCGAACCCAGCUUCUGGCAACAUUGAACAGACCAGUAUUGGAAGUUUGAGUCCUGUCUGGAGGAACAAAACGGCUUCAGGCUCAGAACAAAUAUUAGGAGAGAAAAGAAAACCUACAGAACCAUUUAAUAUGGAAGAUGCUAAGAGACAAAGAGUUUUGGGAGAUAUCCCUAUGGAGCUAGUGAAUGAAGUAAUGGCAACUAUCACAGAUACAGCUGCUAUGUUGGGUCCAGAGACCAGCUUACUAUCAGCACAUGCAGCCAGAGAUGAAGCCGCAAGGCUUGAAGAAAGAAGGGGUGUAAUCGAAUUCCAUGUUGUGGGAAACUCACUCAGUCAAAAACCAAACAAGAAAAUGAUGAUGUGGUUAGUUGGAUUACAGAAUGUGUUCUCCCAUCAGUUACCCAGAAUGCCCAAGGAAUAUAUCACUCGGCUUGUUUUUGAUCCUAAACACAAGACCCUUGCUUUGAUCAAAGAUGGCCGUGUGAUUGGUGGUAUUUGUUUCCGGAUGUUUCCGACACAAGGCUUUACAGAGAUUGUGUUUUGUGCUGUAACCUCUAAUGAACAAGUGAAGGGCUACGGAACCCAUCUAAUGAAUCAUCUAAAAGAAUAUCACAUCAAACACGACAUUCUGAACUUCCUUACUUAUGCAGAUGAAUAUGCAAUCGGCUACUUCAAAAAGCAGGGAUUCUCUAAGGAUAUAAAAGUUCCAAAAGUCAAGUAUGUUGGUUACAUUAAAGACUACGAAGGUGCCACUCUGAUGGGCUGUGAAUUGAAUCCACGGAUUCCAUAUACUGAAUUCUCAGUGAUCAUAAAGAAACAGAAAGAGAUUAUAAAAAAGUUAAUAGAACGAAAACAAGCGCAGAUUCGAAAGGUAUACCCAGGACUCUCCUGCUUUAAAGAAGGAGUGCGACAAAUUCCUAUUGAAAGUAUACCUGGAAUAAGGGAAUCAGGUUGGAAAUCUAGUGGAAAAGAAAGAGGGAAAGACUCCAAAGACCCUGACCAGCUUUACAAUAUCUUAAAAACCAUCCUGCAGCAAGUGAAGAGUCACCAAAGUGCUUGGCCGUUCAUGGAACCGGUUAAGAAAACUGAAGCCCCUGGUUAUUAUGAAGUCAUUCGCUUUCCAAUGGAUUUGAAAACAAUGAGUGAACGUGUCAAGAACCGCUAUUACGUGACCAAAAAGUUGUUCAUGGCUGACAUGCAACGUAUCUUCACCAACUGUCGUGAAUAUAACCCUCCAGAGAGCGAAUACUUCAAGUGUGCCAACAUCUUGGAAAAAAAUUUUUACAGUAAAAUUAAAGAAGCUGGACUGAUAGACAAAGCAGUUUUUCCUAAAUUUAAAGAUAUUGCAACAAUUAUGUGAGAAAAAGCUCAUCUCAUUGAGAUAGUGGGAACUGCUGAUGCUGGAGAAUCUGAAAUAACAAGGUGUAGAGCUGGAUGAACACAGCAGGCCAAGCAGCAUCAGAGGAGCAGGAAAGCUGAUGUGUCGGGUCAAGAUAAUAAAAUGUGAGGCUGGAUGAACACAGCAGGCCAAGCAGCAUCUCAGGAGCACAAAAGCUGACGUUUCGGGCCUAGACCCUUCAUCAGAGAGCACCCUUCUUCAGAAACCAACCCAAAACGUCAGCUUUCCUGCUCCUCUGAUCCUGUUUGGCCUGCAGUGCUCAUCCAGCUCUACACCUUGUUAUCUCAUCUCAUUGAGUCUUAUUUUCUUAAAUAUUGCACUAUAACAUUAACUACUGACAUUACUGUAGUUAAAAUACUGUGAUCUAAUUGUAUUGACGUCUAACCUUACUUGUUAAAGGCACCUAUUCAUUUUCAGACCAUUUCCAUAAAUCCCUUCAUUCCUUUCCAGGUUUGGUUUGUAAAAUCCAAUUUGGAAAUGUAACAUCCAAACUUAAAGUGCUGUAAACAGCAUUUGUGUUACAAAUUAGAGUUCCUGAUUAUUAUAAGAUGUAGCAAAAGGUGUGCCGUGUUUCAUUUUACGUGCUAUAUGUUAUGAAGGGGUUUUCUACCUUUUGAAAAUCCAAAGCCAUUUUAGUUUGUUCUAUAAGUAGAAGAACUACUCUGAAGAAAUUGUGCAAAUGUGAUUGUCCAUCUGUGGUCUAACCCACAAUCCAUUUUUCUCUUUUCAUGGAACUUUCCAUUAACGUGGAAUUAAUUGUCAUCAGCAUCUUUAAUAAGCUUCAACUGGUGACUCCAUUUUUGGAUCAGCUACAAUUGUUAUGGUAUACUUGGUAAAAAUAAUUCUCAUUUUCUUUUAUAUAUUUUUUAUGGGUAGAAUUUCUAAUAGCACUUUGUAAUUGAAAUAGUAUUUGCAUCUAUUGUUAAAUUAUAUAUUGGAUGCACAAUUUGGCUAGUGGAAUGUUUCAUGUUCAUUCAAGAGCUGGUGUUAAUAUUCAUAAUUUGAAUGUAAUUCAAUCAAAAUAAGAUUCCAAAGCAAACUAAGACUUAAGAUGCUAUGAACCAAGCCUGUAUAGCUUGUUUUCCACCUAUAUUUUGAAUGCCAGCCUUAAUUGUUGGCAAAUAUUGAACAUAAAUAAGUUAGAUCAUUUAACAUCAAUGCUUUUAUUUAGUAGCUAAAGCAAAGUAAAUUAAGAUGUUUGUUUUAUUUUUCAUAAAAUCAUCAGAAAUAAAGAAUUGGAAUGUUAAAACUGAGCAACUAACUUAGAGGUUUUCUAAAUUUUUCCUUCAUUCAUUUUGAGGGGAAAAUAGUAGAUUUUGUGCAAUACUGUAAACUUCACUUUUGUGAUUUUUUUGUAAACUUUUGUAUUUGCUGCCUAUACAAAUGUCCUUUGUAAAAUUAAUAUAUUGUACCAAGAUAAAAAUAAAUGGUGUAAUUUUAAAACCA